UAUUUGAAUAAAUAAUAAAUAGGAGUAUAUAAUUCUACAUUCAAGAUGAUAUAAAAAGCUAACGCUAACCGCACCAAUACGACGCUGAACAUCAAGGUCGAACGACUAGAACAUGCCACUGCCGAUCGAUCAGGGUCUUCGGCAUAAUAACCGCAUUAAGAUAGCUUGACUUUAAUACAUAUGUACAAGCAUUAAUACGAGACAGGAUGCCGUUACUGCACUGACGCUUCCCGCCCUCCUUUUAUUUUAGUACCGAUAUCGUGCGUAAUGUGGCCUAUUAGACAUUUUCAAUCGAGGAUUUAUCCGGAUAAAUAUCGACCGCAAGUGGCUAUACUACCUACCCCAGACGGGGUGGUAUAUAAACGGGACGAGGACGUACAUUGCAACUCAACUAAUUAAUAUUUCCACCAUUAGCACCCCUUUCCUACCGUCAUGGACUCAUGGUCCAGUUUAACCUCAAGUCUGCCGUCGAGUCUAGAACAGAGAAGACGAGUAUUUAUUCGACGGCUUCGCUCGUAAUCCAGGCAAGCUCUUGAAUUCCGUUUCGCAUGUACGUACAAGAUAUACCUACCGACCACCUUUUUUACUUGCCACCAUGCAUUUACUCGGGGCAUACUCGCUGCUCCUAGCAGCCGCGUCCUGCGCCUCAGCAGUCCGCACCAUAAUCCCCAAAACGAGCUUCGACUCGCAGUCCAACUUCGACGCGGACUGGGCCUACAACUACCCGUGGGGAACGGACCACAACGGCGGCGCGCGCAUGGACAAGGGCCAAGUCAAGUUCGUAGACGGCAUGGUGACUCUGACCGCGAAGAAGGUCGCCGGCCAGAAGGACGCCACGCACGGCGGGCAGCAGAUCAAGAUCAACUACCUGUCGGGGGCCAUCAGCGCCAAGGAGCACUUCAACGUGUCGCGGGGCGGCGGGUACGACUUCUCGGGCGAGUUCAAGGCCACGACGACGAAGGGCACUUGGCCCGCGUUCUGGCUGACGGCGGUGGACGGCUGGCCGCCCGAGAUCGACAUGGCGGAGUGGAAGGGGUCGGGCAAGAUCUCGUUCAACACGUUCAACACGUCGUCCGUGCUCUCCUGGAAGGACGUGGACUACGCCAGCCCGGACCAGUUCCACGCUAUCAAAUGCGAGAUCCGCGAUAUCAACCAGCGGGAUGUCUCUGUCAAGUUCUACAUGGACGGCUCGCUCGUCACGACGCAGGUCGGGGGGAACUUCUUCGGCAAGCCCAUGUAUCUGAUUAUCAACUUGCAAAUGGAGGGCUCAUCCGGAUCUCCGGGCCCUAGCAGCGACACGUUAUAUCAGGUGCGAAACCUAGAGGUAUUGAGCUAUAACCCGUAAUACGGGAUAUAAUAGCAAGGAGAAAUAGAGAGGUUGCAGAAAUAUACCACCUAUCCUAACGCCGAAGCUCUGGUAUCUAUGAACCUAAGCGAGGACAUGGUGGGAUCUAGUUUAAUUCACAAGCGAGCUGAAAUAAGGGGUUAAAGAUCCAGCUUCUUUUUAGAGGGUACCUGAUGGUCUAUAGGUAGAUGUAUAGUACCUACCUAGGCUUAUAAGUAUAAUUCAUGAAUACGUAAAGACUCUUUUCUAGUAACCAGACCCGUCGUUGUCGAUAUUACUCGAAGCCGAAUAAUUUGUAGACAAAGAAUACAAAGUGAGAUGUUACAACCUUAUUACAAAUGCUUUAUCUUAAUGCCCGUUAAUGUAGUUG